AUGGAGGGAGAAGGUAGUUCCGUAGGGAUUGGGGCAGAAAACCAGGAUGGGCAAGCCAAGUCUCCCAGUUUAGCGUUGCCCAAGAAGCCAGAAGUGCUGGUGACCGAAGCUACCCCCUUCCUGGCUCCACCAGAAGAAGCCAAGCCCCUGGCCGUGAACAGAGAGGAGGAUUCCAUCCAGGACCCAGACAGCGCCAUCCCCAAGAGCCUCCAGCAUCCUGGGGCCCAAGAGGAGAGCUUUCAGCGAAGGUUUAGAGGUUUCCGGUACGAGGAUGCGGCUGGGCCCCAGCAGCUGCUCCAGAGACUUCGAGAGCUCUCACGAAGAUGGCUGGACCCAGACGUCUACACAAAGGAGCAGAUGAUAGAAUUGCUCGUACAGGAACAGUUUCAGGCCGUCAUGCCGGAGGAACUCCAAGCCCUGGUCCAGAGGCCAAAGACAGAUGGCUGA